AUGGUCUGUGGAGACCGCGGACGCAUGCUGCUACUACGGGCUGGCGGGAUACUAGUCCUGGCUGCGCUGUGCCUGCUCCAUGUCCCCAGAGCCCGGGCAGCAGCCUGUGAGCCCGUCCGCAUCCCCCUGUGCAAGUCCUUGCCCUGGAACAUGACCAAGAUGCCCAACCACCUGCACCACAGCACCCAGGCUAACGCCAUCCUGGCCAUCGAACAAUUCGAAGGUCUGCUGGGCACCCACUGCAGCCCGGAUCUGCUCUUCUUCCUCUGCGCCAUGUAUGCACCCAUCUGCACCAUCGACUUCCAGCACGAGCCCAUCAAGCCCUGCAAGUCUGUGUGCGAGCGCGCCCGGCAGGGCUGCGAGCCCAUUCUCAUCAAGUACCGCCACUCGUGGCCGGAGAGCCUGGCCUGCGAGGAGCUGCCGGUGUAUGACCGUGGUGUGUGCAUCUCUCCGGAGGCCAUCGUCACCGCUGACGGAGCGGACUUUCCUAUGGAUUCCAGUACUGGACACUGCCGGGGGCCGACCAGUGAACGAUGCAAAUGUAAGCCUGUCAGAGCUACACAGAAGACCUAUUUCCGGAACAACUACAACUAUGUCAUUCGGGCUAAAGUUAAAGAGGUAAAGACAAAGUGCCAUGAUGUGACUGCUGUUGUGGAGGUGAAAGAGAUUCUAAAGGCAUCUCUGGUGAACAUCCCAAGAGACACUGUGAACCUCUACACCACCUCUGGCUGCCUCUGCCCCCCACUUCAUGUUAAUGAGGAGUAUAUCAUCAUGGGUUAUGAAGACGAGGAACGCUCCAGGUUACUCUUGGUGGAAGGCACUAUAGCUGAGAAGUGGAAGGAUCGGCUUGGUAAGAAAGUCAAGCGCUGGGAUAUGAAACUUCGUCAUCUCGGACUAGGUAAAACGGAUGCUAGUGAGUCCACUCAGAAUCAGAAGGCUGGCAGGAACUCUAAUCCUCGGCCAGCACGAAGCUAAGUCCUGAAAUGCAAAAGGCCACACCCAUGGACUCCCUACUAAGACUUGCAUUGCUGGACUAGCAAAGGAAAAUUGCACUAUUGCACUCAUGACCAUGUUUACUACAGAUACCAUGUGGCAACCGAUAUUACUUUUGCAUCCUCUUCUCCUGCUUCUUAACGGCCUGGGUUAGAUCCUUAAAUAUGUUAUAUAUUCUAUUUUACUAAU